AUGGAUCAACAGCGCUCAAACAGGGAAUGUUUGAGGGGAAGAAAAGAGAAGCCAUUGACGAUUCUAGACUAUGAUCCGUCCCUGGGCCUGCUGCCUGCAUCAGUGGUCACCGAUAGGCGAACAAAGACGGGAGUUCCUGUUGUCCUGCAUGCAAAGCACGGCGACUGGCCCAAUCCAGAUACGAUGGACCGUCGAUCCAGAGGCGCCGCCGUGUCAACUGUCAACCGAGGGGCGGCAACAGCACGACGAUCCCCGUCGGAGGGUUUCUUCCAUCCUUCCUAUCAUGAAUAUCAUCGCCGUCGCCAUCCCGUGUGUGUGUGCCGAUCAGUUUCUCGGCGUCGAAACGCUGUGGAAGAGUCAGAAAUGCUCCGUCGGACAUUGCUAGGAGAAACCCGAGAUAACGGCGACGAUCCUCGAUCGGAGUCGUUAUUCAGACUCCAAUCAGCAGGCUUGGACGGGGCCAUCUGGGUCAGGGCGGUUCUUGUUCUACGCCAAUCUGGACUGCGCUGA